AUUAGUUUGGGAAGUAGCGCCCGGCGCUCAUCCGAUCCGCGCGGCCAAGCCGGCUGUGUCAAGUUACAGAGGCGCCGGAAUCGGCCCCAGCGCGGCUCACUGCAGCCACGACCCACCUCUGCCCAUGGGGCCCUGCAUGCGCGCCCCUUCGCCCGGGGACUGACACCCAUUCUCCCUGGAGACACAAUACACCCAGAAGGACCCCGAGCGUCACACCAGCCCGAGGACUCUGCAGAAGCGAGAAGGGAAAAGAGCGGGGAACGUGGCCAGAUCCCCGGACUUGGAACAUUCUUCGAAAUAACUUUUUUUCUUACCUUGGCGUACCCCGAUCACGCCUGCUGGUGGCUCUUGGCUGCCCCCCCCCCCACUCCGACUGCACAUUUUCGGUGCUCUUUGGCGAGCAAAGGAAAGGGGCGUCCUCUAGCCACGCUAACCCCAUUUCCCCUGCCUCUCAGUUUGGAUCGCACCUCCGGAAUCUCGUCUUUAUUUAUUCUAUUUAUUUAUUUAUUGGCUCUCAAGACCCGAGGGGAUGGUGGCGGAGCGUUCCCGCAAAGCGGCAGCCUCCGGCAACCGCGGCCCUGGGGAGCUGGGCUCGUCGGGGCCCGGGACGGUGGCGCUGGCUGAGCAGUGCGCUAGGCUGCCGAGCCCCGGGUGCUGCGGACUCCUGGCUCUGGCGCUGUGCUCGCUGGCGCUCAGCCUGCUCGCCCACUUUCGGACCGCCGAGCUGCAGGCCCGGGUGCUGCGCUUGGAAGCGGAGCGCGGGGAACAGCAGAUGGAGAAAGCUAUUUUGGGACGAGUCAACCAACUGCUGGACGAGAGAUGGAAGUUCUACUCACGAAGGCGCCGGGAGGCCCCGAAGAUGUCUCCAGGAUGUAACUGCCCACCAGAAAGGAAAGUGAGCGUGGGAGAGCCCCAGCGGCCCACAGCCGUCGAGUGGCUGGGGCCCCUGAGGGAAUCCUCUGAGGCUCAUUUCUUCACCAUUUCCUCCUGA